CUGCGCCCCCUCUCUCUCCGUCUUCCUCCUCUCUUCUUCCCCCCGACAGCGAAACUCGGGACGCGCAACCGAGAAGAGGAGGGGAACUCGGCGAGCCGAGGGGAGAAGAACCCGUGAGGGUCCCGAAUCAGCGAUCGAAGAAGGUGGGUACAGGAGCAAGCCAGCCCGCCGCCACCAUGAGGCGCGCCUCGAAGAAGUCGACGUCGUCCGCCGCGACCGCCAGCGCUGGUGCGGAACAAGUAAAUGAAAAACAAAACAGAAAAAGAAAAGGAGUCAGUACAAACCUGACCAGCAGGAAAGCACAACGUGGCCCUACUAAAGCAGUUUCCAAGGAAGUAGAACGGAUUGAUCAAUUUUUCUAUACUUAUGCUGAUAGCUCGUCUGGCAUGAUUGACCCAGAAGGCAUUGAAACACUCUGUUCUCAUCUUGAAGUUCCCCAUACCGAUGUUAGGAUUCUAAUGUUAGCAUGGAAAAUGGGCUGUGAGAAGCAAGGUUACUUUACCUUGGAUGAAUGGCGAACUGGCUUGAAAGCUCUUCGAGCUGACAGUAUCAGUAAGUUAAAGAAAGCAUUCCCGGAACUGGUUCAAGAGGUUACAAGGCCAUCCAAUUUCCAGGAUUUCUACACGUAUGCAUUUCGUUAUUGCCUCACAGAGGAUAAGAAGAAGUGUAUAGAAAUACCGGUUGCUUGUGAGUUGCUGAAUCUAGUAUUGGGCUUGCAGUUCCGCCCCCAGGUUGACAAGCUUAACAAUUACCUCAAGUACCAAAAUGACUACAAGGUGAUAAACAUGGACCAGUGGAUGGGAUUUAUUCGAUUCUGUAAUGAGAUAAACUUCCCAUCACUCGAUAAUUAUGAUUCGGACCUUGCUUGGCCUUUGAUUCUAGACAAUUUUGUUGAGUGGCUACGAGAAAAUAAAAGUUAGAUCUUCUAUUGCUGCGGUGGUGAAGAUGUCACCUGAAAUGUAAUAUUCAAGAAUCACCCUGAAGGCUUUGGAGGAUGCAGAUUAAGCUUGUUUGUGAUUGCUUCGGUGGAGGCUGGUUCCAGAAAUCAAUCAUCAAUUGCUCUCGUGUCGCCUUUUGAUUUUUGCGCAUUUUUGAAACUGGAAAGGGGGUCUGCACAGAUGUCUAAAGUUUUGCAUCAUCAUUGCUCUACGUUUGUUGGCUAUAUAUAUGUCGUGUUAAAUCGGUUCUGGUAUAGUUUUAAGAGCUUGCAAGUUGCAAAUAUUUCUGCGAUGCGCCGAAUUUCUUUCUGUGAAACUGUACACUGUCACAUCGGUGCGUGCUAGUGUUUUGGUGAAACAGAAAGGGUAAGUUCCAAGCUGAACCUGGAGCUCCACUUUGGGCCAUCCGUUGUCCAUGGAGGGAAACCCGAAAAGUUGAUGGGGGCCAGGAAAGUGUAACAAAUUUGGGCAUGGCGCGAAGCACAUACAACUUCGGCCGGACCGGCGCAGAAAAACAAGAAAGGUGGCUCUCCUAGUGGGACCCGGUUAACGAAUGUGGUUAAAACUUUAGUAGAUGCCUGAAAUGGGAGAGGGUUUGUGCGUUCGCUUCGUGUUUCUUGGGUGCACGUACACUUCCACUCUAGCCUCAAACCUAGGUCCCUUUUCCCUUCCAAGAGACCCGUCAACUCUGUCUUUUUAUUGAAUCUUUGAAAGAUGGAUAUUAUGAUGUCUUUUUAUUGAAUCUUUGAAAGAUAGAUAAUAUGAAUAGUGCUUUUCUUUA